UAAAUAGUGUUGUUUUUUUUCAGUGGGCCCAUGUUGAUAUUGUGGUGGGGCAACGUCUGAUCUGUGGAAGCAUCCUAAAGUGUCCAUGAUGAAUGAUGCAGAGGCUCCUUCCGACUGCUAUCAGUAUCACCAUGUCUCGGAGGAAAACUUCUACAAAAACAUUCUAAAAAAUCUCAGCAAAUUCCUAAAAACUGAUGAAUUCUGUGAUGUUAGCCUAGUUAUUGGCAAGAAGAAAUUCCGAGCUCACAAGAAUGUUCUCUCUGCUAAUUCUCCCUAUUUCCAUGCCAUGUUCUGCGGUGGCUUGAUUGAAGGCAAUCAGAGUGAUGUAGAACUUCAUGGAGUACACCCAAGGAUAUUUCAAUAUCUUCUUGACUUUAUGUAUUCAGGUGAGCUGACUGUUACAGAAGAAAAUUGCCAAGAUUUGCUUGCUGCUGCAGAUAUGUUUGGUUUAUCUGAUGUACUCCAGGCCUGCUGUGGAUACCUGCUCAGACAACUGCAUCCAGCCAAUUGUAUAGGAAUCUUCAAAUUUGCUGACAAACAUUCCUGCAUUGAUCUGAAGGAGGCUGCCGAGACCUAUAUCCAUAACCAUUUCCUGUCUGUGAUGAAAGAAGAGGAGUUCCUAUCUCUGUCCAAGGAAUCACUCGUCUUCGUAUUGGAGAGCGAGUUGCUCAAUAUUGACAAUGAAUACCAGGUGUUCAACGCCGCCAUGAGUUGGAUCUUCCAUAGUUUAAAGGAGAGGAGACGUCACGUGUUCGAUGUUCUUCUUCCAGUCAGGUUUGCUGUCAUCUCGCCGAAGGUCUUGGACAAAUAUCUACUAGGAUGUUCGGAUCUAAGCCUGAAGAUUGCUAUCAUGAAACUACUGGAUGAUUUCCGGACUAAGAGAGCAGAAUUUGGUCUUGCCCGUUACAGAAUGUCUCAUGUGCAACCGAGGAAAAGUGCAAGGAAACGUAUUUAUGUCAUCGGUGGUUAUUGCCGCCCUCCUGGCGGUAAAUAUAUGGACAGUCUGACGUUGGACAGUGUUGAUUGCUUUGAUUUGUUUCACGAGGAAUGGAUACCUCAAACCGCCCUCCAUACUGCUCGAAGUAGCCACGGUGCUGUGACUCUAAAUGGACAAAUUUACGUCGUAGGGGGCGAGAGUAAUUCGUUAAUUUUUGACAGUGCGGAAAGUUUUGACCCCUCUUCUUCGAAGUGGACUAUGAUACCGAGCAUGACUGAGCCGAGGUGUGGUGUUGGUGUGUGCAUGAUAGAGGACACUAUUUAUGCGAUUGGUGGGUGCAUUGGCUUGGAGAUAGGAAAGUCUGUUGAAAUGUUUGAUCCAAAUUCCAAUAUCUGGAGGCAGGUGGACUACAUCCGGUUUCCGAGACUUGCCGUGGGUGUGGCAGAGCUGGAAGGUCUAAUCUAUAUCGUUGGUGGAGUAAACGACCUGGGCACCGAAUUGUGUGCAGCCGAGAGUUACAACCCGAUCACGAAGGAGUGGAUUACGCUGCCUGACAUGCGCUCAAGGAGAGCAUACGUGGGGGCGGCUGCGCUCAAUGACUACAUCUAUGCUGUUGGUGGGUGCAAUGAACACCAGGGGGCAUUAGCAAGCGUGGAGCGGUAUUGCCCCGUCCAGAACAUCUGGGAAGACGUCAAGCCAAUGUCUGAGGCACGUGCUGGUGCAGCUGUCACGGCCGUCAAUGGACUUCUGUACGCCAUAGGUGGGAGGACCUCGGGUGAUGAAUACACGGCACCAGCAAGCUUAGAUUCCGUGGAGUGCUAUGACCCAGAGACAGACUCGUGGUUGCUUGUGUGUAGGAUGCCUGUCAGUCGAUGUGAGGCGGCUGUAGUGGUGCUGUGAUGCUGGAAGACCAACUAAUGUGGCACACUUAGUUAAAGAGACAACUUGGGUAUAAGAAAUUUUGUUUUUUUCGUGCAAAAUGGCAUCUAGUUGGUUUGUGACUUCUCCAAGCGGGGUCAUUAAGAAUCAUUUAAUUGCAAUGACACUUCACUAGAAUGAAAUUCAACAGUUUGUCAACCUGAAAUUGGCAGCCAUGUCCAAAACUGCCUCGCAACACUUGCGAAAAUCAAUAUCAGAUGUCACGGGCAUUAGUGAGGAGCUACAUGUGGCACAUGAUGAUGAGUGGGCACAUUAUCCUGCUGGUGAUCUAAAUCUCCUACCCAGGUUGUCCCUUCCUGUCACAUCCUGAGGAAAUCAGGGGUAUCAAUGUAAUGUUCACUUCUCCGGCCUGAACACAAAACCCGGAGGCAUUUACACUCGCUUGCUGAAAUGAGGCGCAAAACGCACAAUGCGCCCAAUCAGAGCGUCGUGAGCAUUUGAUUCUCGGAAUUCUAUCAACGUUGCGACAGUGAUAUCCAAUCUUGCAUUUCCAUUGGUUGUUAUCUUGUUAAAUACCUUUGUGUUAUCAUCGACUGAAAUUGUCCUUUGAAGGAGAUAUGUAUACAAUAUGUAUGUUUCCUGGUUAUUGAGAGGCAGAAGAAGAAGUUUCCUGGUUAUGGGAUUAAUAUAAUGUAUGUCAACUCUCUUUUAGAGGCUUCUGAACUAAUACAAUGCAUAGAGGCGAAUAGUUUGAAAUUAUAGAAAUGAAUACUGUCAGGUACUACGAGAAGGUGCUAUGUUGGUAUUGAUGGCUCAAUUUAAUUCUGAAAGGACUUGAUUCUGAAUAGAUAUCACCAUUAACAAAUUAAUUAGUAACUGUGAAAGCAGGUAGUUUCAUUAACAUGAACAUUUAUGCAGUUGGAAUUAUGUUGUUAUUUCUUUUUGGAAAAUGUGUUCAGAGUUUGAUAAGAAAGGCCUAUGGCCAAAGACAUCAUGACAUUUUGUUAUUUGUUGCUGAAGUGCUCGUCAAUUAUGUCAAUUUAUCUUUCAAUCUGUCAAUCAAUCAAUUAAUUUGUGUGGAGGAAUUGUAUGAUUUUUUUCAUACCAUUAUUGUCAUAAAAGCUAGUCAUUUGGGGGCUGGCCAUUUUUUCAAAUAGCUUAACUUAUAAUACUCCUUUCAGGACUCUGAGUCCACACCAAAGGUCAUCAGAAGUUGGAACAAUGUUUCCAAAUUUUGCAUCUCAUUAUGCAUGCCAAAGUAACCUGCGGAAACUAGGGUAUACAUUUGAACCUCCCUCAGCAGACACCUCUCUAUUAAGGACAACCUCUCUAUUAAGGACACUAGUUUUGGUCCCAACUUGGUUAUUUCUAUUCAAUUUGACCCCUCUUAUCAGGACACCUCUCUAUUAAGGACAGCACUUGUGAGUCCCGAUAACGUCCUAAUAGAGAGGUUCUACUGUACUUAUUCAUGCCCAUGCGUAACCAGAUGCAAAAUUUGGAAAAUUUGGAAAAUUUGUUUGAAUUUCUACUGAUUGCAGCUCUGGAUCAAAGGCCUCAAAGGAGUAUAGAGCCUUGUACAUGAAACAUGUAUAACAUGUAUGAUACUGAUAGUGUAUAUUGUGUCACCCAUGAAAUGUGGUCAUUAUGUUUACAAUAAAUUAUUCAA